AUGCCUCGCGGCCAACUCAUCCUAAUUGAAGGCUUGGAUCGUUCAGGCAAAUCGACCCAGGCAUCGUUGCUCGCGUCCAAAUUCCCCCAGAACAAACUCAUCAAAUUCCCCAACCGGUCAACCCCGAUAGGUCAACUCAUAAAUGAAUACUUGACCAAUAAACAGUUCGAACUAAAUGAUCAAGCGGCCCAUUUACUAUUCCUGGCGAAUCGAUGGGAACUAGCUGCUGAAAUUGAAAGUUUGCUCAAUUCGGGUGUUUUCGUGGUUCUUGAUCGAUAUAUUUAUUCCGGUGUUGCUUACACGCUAGCUAAGAACCAUGCCGACGAUGAUGGGACGAUAACUCGCACUGCAACAGGAGAUGACAAGAACGAGAGUAAGAGCAAUAGUAGGAGUCUAGCUGAUGCCGAUUGGUUAUUGGGUCCCGAUAAAGGGUUGCCGAAGCCCGACUUGACUUUGUUUCUCACGUUGGACAUGGACGAAAUCAGCCAGAGAAAAGGCUGGGGCGAUGAAAGGUAUGAAAUGGUGCAGUUUCAAGCAAAAGUGAAAAACUGUUUUUUACGCGUUUUGGACACUGCCGGCGAUCCCACCAUUGAAGUGGUUGGCGUUGGCCACAUGUCGAUUGAACAAGUUGCCCAACUCCUUUGGGAUAAGGUGGAGAUUCACAAUGCAAAUGUCUUGACUGAUGCGUCUAUUGAAUACAUCUAA